AUGUCAAUAAAAAAGGUUCAUGAUCAAGAUUUAUUUCAUAAUGUAAUUGGCAUCGGUCUUCGUAUGUAUGGAAAUGGAUAUCCUUAUGCACCACAAACUGUUAAUUAUAUAACUGAAUAUUGUCGUCAACAAAUUCGUCAUUAUUUUAUUCAACACAAUCAAUUAGUGCGUAAAAGUCAUGAUUAUUGUCCACUGUCAUAUCUAACAAAAGAUCGACCAGUAUUACAGCAAGAUGAACUAGUUGAUAAUAUUGUUAAAGAUAAAAAAUUAACAAUGGCUGAUAGAUUUAAACGAAUAUGUCGCCAAACACAAAUUUCCAUCGAUGAUAAUCAAACUAAAGCAAUGUCAUCAGCGUUAGAUCGUCAACGUUCACGUCAAUAUGCUCGUCUUGAUAUUUAUUACAAAAGUGACGCAUUAACAUCAGAUGCUUACUUAUUAUUUGUUGAACAACAACAUUCAUCUUUCAAUAGUCUUCGUUCAUUGUCAUCUAUUGAUAUUCAAUAUUGGCUUCAAUUAAAUAAUCUUACUGUAUCAAAUAAAAAAAGUGCACCAAAGCAUGAUCUUCGUGUGACAGAAAUUUGUGUAUUUCUUAUCAAAGAAAUUCUUCUUAGUCUAAUGGAUAAAGUUUAUCACUCAUCUAUUCGUUGUGAUAUUCAUGAUAUAAUUCGUCGUCAGCAUGUACAUAAUAAUCGUCGUUUACCAUUUUCAGGACGAAGACGAAGAGUUUAUUGA